AAGCAAACCAACCCACACUGUACCGAACCAACCAACCUCACCCACCCCCACCCCCCUCCAGCCACGACAGCAUGCCCCGAACCAAUCCUUCAUCUACCGCCACCCGCAACGUUCGGACGAGCCGCUCCCGCUGCCGCUUCGUGGCCCUGCUGGUCGCCGCCACGGUCCCGGGCACCGCCCUCGGCCUGGCCACGAACGGCCGCCGGGGCUUUCUGGCCUCGGUGUCGUCUUGCGCUUCCGCCGCAACGGUCGCCGCCCUCUGCCCCCUCCCGUCGGCCGCUUCCCAGGAGGUCGAGCUCCGCCAGGGCAACCAGGUCACGGCCUUCAACGGCCUCGCCUUCAACUACCGGGGGGGGGAGUACGGCGGCCUGGACGCCAGCACCCUGGACGAGCCCAGCAUCUCGUAUUCGGACUUUAACGAAAAGCUCCGGUCCGGAGGGGUGGUCUUUGUCGAGUUCAAGGCCCCCGACGGGGACGUGGCCUACGCGACCCUCAGGGGGGAAGGGGACGGGCCCGGCCAGAGGCUGCGCAUCGGGGAGGGGUACCCGAUCGAGCAGCACGACGGGUACAGCUCGCCCAUGUUUUGCAUCCGGACGGUCAAGAACGCGGGGGUCCCCUACAAGUUCGUCGUCAAGGGGCUGGACAAGUACUCGCAGUAAGGCAGACAGACGGACACACCACCCACGGAACGAAAGAAGGCAACUCACGCCCUGUAUACAUAAUGAUUUUUAAAAAAGACAAUAAAGAACAACAAAUACA